UGUGUGCCGCAAGGAAUGCUGGGAUCCCGGCGGGACGCUCUGGCCCGCUGGCGGACUCUCGUCUCUCCUCCCCGCGCGCGGCGCCGCCCCGGAGGCGCGGCCGUUCUUCCUGGCCGCCAGGGGGCGCGCGCGGGCGGCGGCGGCGCUCUGGGCGCGGGCGGGAGCAGCGAGGCGGCGGGGCCGGGCCGCGCCAUGGCGGGCUCGGAGUCGGAGCCGGAGCAGGAGCAGUACUCCUCGGCCGAGGAUGACGACUACGUGCCCUCAGGUGCGGAGUACAGCGAGGAUGACGAGAGCGAGCUGGUGCGGGAGGAGGAGCCGGCGGACAGCCCGCGGCCGCCCCGCGGCAGGAGGAGCCCCCGCCGCCCCGGCAGCAGGAAGAGGAAGAAAGGCGGUCUCUUGCUAGAGGCAGAUGAGAAGGAGGAAGAAAAGGCCCAGCAGAAUGGAGAGGAGGAAGCAGAUAAUGCAGAGCAAGUAGAAAGAAGCAGAGAAGAAGAAGAAAAAAGGAAAGAGGAUGCUCUUUGGGCCAGUUUCCUCAGUGAUGUAGGGCAGAAGCCCAAAGCUGUGGCUGCCACACAAGGGACACAAAUUAAGAAGACUGAAGAAGAGAACAGUGGGAAUAAGCCUCAGGAGAAGCCAAAAGAUUCAGGAAAAGUGACAAUCACCAAAACGUUCGAUUUUGCUGGUGAGGAAGUCAAGGUGACUAAAGAAGUAGACUCAAACUCAAAAGAAGCUAAAUCUUUUCUGAAGCAGCAAGAGAAACUGCAGUCAGCAGCUCCAACUUCCUUGCCAACAGUCUCGGGGGUGAAGAGGCCAAGCGGUAUGAGUAGCCUCCUGGGGAAGAUCGGUGCCAAAAAGCAGAAGAUGAGCACGCUGGAGAAAUCUAAACUGGACUGGGAGAACUUCAAGGAGGAGGAGGGAAUUGUGGAGGAGCUGGCAAUCCAUAACCGAGGGAAAGAUGGGUACAUCGAGAGGAAGGCGUUCCUGGAGCGUGUGGAUCACAGGCAGUUCGAAAUCGAACGCGACAUCAGACUGAGCAGGAUGAAGCCCUGACGUGCUGGGGGUGGCCGUGGGGGAUUUUGCUCCCUUCUGUGCCCCAGCCACCGACACCACCAAGCACAGAAACUGUUCUCUACCCAAGACUCAGCCUGUAUGUCUCAACGUGCAGGGUUUUCCUUUUACUGUAAUAGUUUGGGGAGGGUAUUUGUCAGUGGACAGGAGGCGCUUUGAGGGUUAAAUGGCCCAGCAGCUGAUGGAAGACACUGGUGUAAUUCUGGCAACAACUUUCCAAGGAGAAGAGGUGGUGGCACCCAUCCUUUACCAAUGCCAGGUGCUUCUGGCAGCAGGAGGAGCUGCCAAGGCUGGGAGAGUACUGGCAUGUUUGGUGGUGAGAGUGGAGCUGCAGGAAGGUUUCAUGGCUGCUGUGCAUAUUCAAGCUGUGGGCUGGAGCCCUCCUGCCUGCUCUGCCAGCCCCGCAGCACUCCCUGCCCCUCCGCCCUCUGCUCCUGUCCAGACAAAGCCAAACUGUCUGUACUUGUUUGUGGGGUCUGAUGAUGCUGGGGGGGGUUAAGCAGGCUGGGUGAAGAAAUCCUUCCUUGUUCAUGCUGUCAGGAAGAUGGGAGCAGCUGCAGCAGGCAGAAGGGCCAGGAUCUGAGUGUUCACGUGAAUAAAGUAUUCCAUCCCAACA